CUAGGUUUUGAACAUGGGUCAAUAGGUUAUCCGCCAUAUCUUCCACAUGUCUUACCAAGUCACCACAAUCAAAGUGGUUCGCUACAUCCCCGUUAUGAUCCGUUCCAUAUGACUUAUCAUAUGAACAAAGAGGAGGACACUCUGAGCAAAUAUCAGGGCCUUUUGAAGACUGUUGAAAGUGGUCUCAAAGGUAAAAAUGUUGUAUCUACUCCUACUACUAAUUCCCCUGUUCUGGCAAUUGGACAAGGGAAAGGGAAAAAGAGGAAGUCUCCAUCAAAGAGCUGCAAGGGAAAGUCUCUUGAUGGAUCCUCUUCAAGUGGAACCAAAGGUGGUUCUACUACUCUCUCUACCGUUCCUAAGGAAGCAAAGUGUUUCUAUUGUCAUGAAAAGGGAACUGGAAGCAAAGCUACCCUAAAUACUUGCAGGAUGUCAAGGAUGGGAAGGUUAAAGCCACCCAUGCAGGGCCUAAAAAGAAGUCAAGAUGUGGAGUACGGGAAGAUAAACUUGAUCAUGGGGAAUAGGAAAGUUUCACCUAUCACCAAGAUUGGAGUUUACUCUUUAUUGCUUAGUAGUGGAUUAGAAAUAGAUUUGAAUAAUUGUUGCUACUCGUCUGAUAUGGAGAGAAAUAUUAUUUCCUUUCAUGGUUUUUACAAACAAGGCUAUAGUUUUUCAUUUGAUAAUAAAAUUGGAGCUAUUAAUGCUUUUUACAAUGGUGUAUUUUAUUUUAAAGCAUUACCUUGUAAUGGUGUAUAUGAAACUGUGAAUGUUGUAGACAACUUAGAAAAUAAUGUGUUACAUAUUGAUUUUUCCAAUGAUUUGGAUAAGGAAUCAUUGUAG